GUGAGAAAAAGCAUAAUGUGACAUAACCUCUAAACCACAGUGUUACUGUUGUGUGCGCCAACGUGAAGCAAAUAUGGCGGAUGCAAAAUCGGAAUCGCCAGAGAAAAAGGCUGCAGCUGCACCUGCAGCUAAAGAAGGCGCAAAGGAUAAGAAAAAGCCUUUACGGGGAAAACCAAGAAAUUAUGACUUAGGCAACGGCGUGUACAGAUUCAGUCGUACACGUAUGUAUCAUAAGAAAGCGAUCUAUAAAUUCCUUGGCAAAAAGACUCCGAAGAAGGUUAAGCCAAAAAAGCCACUGACUAUUGAAAAGCAAAUUGGCGGUGACAAAAAUGGAGAAAAGCGUAUUGUACUUUUGAAAAAGAGGCGCGCUAAUUAUCCUACUGCAGAUCCCGUCACUGUGCAUCAUGCUAAGAAGUGUUUCCAUGAACACAGUCGAUAUUUGAGGCCCUCUCUAACACCUGGAGCAAUUUGCAUUCUGUUGGCUGGACCUCACAAAGGAAAGAGAGUUGUCUUUUUAAAGCAACUGAAGAGCGGUCUACUUUUGGUCACGGGACCAUUCCUGAUCAAUGCCUGUCCUUUGCGAAGAGUCAGUCAAAAUUAUGUGAUUGCUACAUCGACGAAGCUGGACAUGUCCGGUAUCCAAUUGCCCAAACACAUCAACGAUGAUUACUUUAAAAGGAAACGUGACAAGCGUGCCAAGAAAGAGGAGGGCGAUAUCUUUAGCAAGAAGAAAGAGGAAUACAAACCGAGCGAUCAGAGAAAGGCUGAUCAGAAAGUAGUGGACAAAUUGGUGAUCGAUGCUGUUAAGAAACAUCAAGAUAAAAAACUGCUGUUUACUUAUCUGUCGGCUAUGUUUGGAUUACGGAGUAGCCAGUAUCCACACAGAAUGAAGUUCUAAGCUUGCAUCUUUGUGUUUUUCAAGGAAAUAAAAAUAAGACCAUA